AUGCCUGGGCCGAAGGAAGCAAGCACUGACAGCAUGAAUCAUUACUUGAAGCCGCUCGUUGACGAAUUGUUGGAGAUGUACAUUGGUGUAGAAAUGACAGACUCACAAAAUAGAAAGAUUGUUGUUCGUGCUGCAUUGAUGUGUGUUGCCUGUGAUAUCCCUGCCGCUCGCAAAACCUCUGGAUUUACUGGCCACAUGAGCACAUGCGCCUGUCACAAAUGUCAACGACAAUUCACGACUAUAAAGAAGACCAGCAAGCUUGACUACUCUGGAUUCAAGUAUAGCAAUUGGGUGAGACGCACGAAGACAAUGAAUCUGGAACACGCUGUCAGCUGGGCAAAUGCAUUGAACAAUACUGAGCGAACACGCCUAGAAAAAGAAAAUGGCACUCGGUGGUCAGAGCUUCAUCGGUUAUCUUACUUUGACCCAGUCCGCUUUACAGUUAUAGACCCGAUGCAUAAUCUCUAUCUUGGAACUGCAAAGCGAAUGAUUCAGAUAUGGCGCGAGUGUAACUACAUCAAUGAAAAGAAUCAGUUAACUAUGCAAGAGCUUGCCAAUGGUAUUGUUGUACCUUGUGGAUAUGCGCGUAUAACAAAGAAGAUUGCCGAUGGGUUUUCGUUCAUGAAAGCUGACGAGUGGAAGUCAUGGUGCGUCAUAUACUCUCCAUUUGUUCUGAAGCAUGUGCUCCCAGCCAAGAAUCUCGAAAACUGGAUUUUGUUUGUUGACGCAUGCCGCUUACUCACAAAACCUUCGAUCAAUGACAAAGAAAUAGACGAAGCCCACAGUAAACUCCAAUUGUUUUGUACAAGAUUUCAGACACUGUAUGGAAAAUCGGCCGUGACACCGAAUAUGCAUCUACAUCUUCAUCUUGGCGAGUGUGUUCAUGACUUUGGACCAAUUUAUGCUUUCUGGUUAUUCAGUUUCGAGAGAUACAAUGGCGGCUUCGAAUCAACAAUGAUGAAGAGAUUUUUGGAGAUAACAUACAUUGGCAGCUUCAUACAAUCUUUUGUCAACCAUCUUCCCCAGUUCGCAAUUGACUUUCUGCAUCGCAUUUCAAAUAGUCAAGAUCAAUUAGCAGCAUUGCAUCCAUCUUCUACUGCCAGUACCUUUUCUCUGUCUGACUUUGUUGAAUAUUCGUUAAACCCUCGUCAUUCUGCUUUGGGUUGUGAGCCAUUGCCCCCUUCAGUGUUUCCGAUUAAACUCGACCAAAGGAUUACAAUGUGCAAGGGACAUUAUGAAUGUUUACUGGAGUUUUACAGACACGCGUAUGGCAGUCACGAUCUUUUUGACCAUUAUUCAAACUGCGAGUCUAACCAGAUUUUUGUCAAUAACCGAAUUGAGAAAAUGAAACGGAUAUCUCUUCUUGGACAGGAAUACUCUUCUGGAUCUUAUUUCCGCGCCUAUUAUCUUGAGAAUAACAAUAAAUAUGUCACGCCUUUUUUUCAAGUCAUACUGGUUUGCCCCCUUUUGCAAACGCGUGUCUAUAAUAUAAAAUAUCAAUCAAACGGAUUUUUAUUCUAUCGCGAGAUUUGUUAUGAACCCCCAUAA